AUGACCGCCACGCAAGUCCGCACCAUCCCUCCCGUCGUCGAGGCUCAGCAGUCGAAAGAGAGCAAAGAGAUCCAUACCAGUGAAGAUACCCCUGCUCGCGAGACACCCUCAACCAAGAUGGAGGAGAACAACGAUACCUCCAAGGCGCAACCCAAUGGUGAUGAGCAACAAGCAUCAGCGCACGACCAUCAGCAAUCGUCCGUGGUGAAAUCCGAAUCAAAAGAAGAGCCCAAACACGAGCACAACCACGACAAUGACGAUGACAAGGCCGCUGCGCUGCUCAUCCAGCGCAACUACCGCGGCUAUCGCACACGCCGUCAGCUUGACGGCUGCAACAUCUCAGCCGACACGCGCUGGUCCGAUGCCGUCCAUCGCAUGCGUCUCGAGCAGGCCAACAAGCACUCUGCCAACGACCGCAACGAUGCCAGUUCUCGAUGGAAGCGCGGCAAGCUUCUCGCUGGUCAGCUCUCCGGUGGCGAAAAGAUGGAUCCAUCCUCCGAAAAGGACGGCGGCAACGGCCGGACCGACGAACCCGUCGAAGGCGGACCGUCGCUCGAAUCGCCCAAGAAGGAGGAGGACGAGCACUCGAUCGUCGGCGCCGACACCAAGGUCGGCGACGUCCCCGGCGCCCAGGACGGCGGCAAGGUGGACAACAUCCGCAGCAUCGCCGAUCGCAACCAGAAGGGCUUGAAGAUGAUCGAAUGGUGGACGCGCGGUGGCAAGGCGCAGGAGCUGAGCAAGAUGAUGGAGGAACAGUACUGGUUGGAGAUGGUCGAUCGAAAGCAUCGAUACGGUUCCAAUCUCAAGUACUACCACCAAGCAUGGCAGCAGGCGGACACGAAGGAUAACUUCUUCAAGUGGCUCGACGAGGGCGAGGGGAAGGAGGUCAGCAUCGACGAUUGCCCGCGGGAGAGGCUCGAUUCCGAGUGCGUCAUCUACCUCAGCUCCGAACAGAGGCGCAACUACAUCGUCGACAUUGAAGAUGGCAAGCUCAUCUGGCGGCGCAACGGCAAGCCGGUCGAUACGGCGCGCAACAAGCACAAGGACAUGGGCAAAGGUCGCGGCAUCGUCGACAUUGGCGAGGAAGAGCAAGAAGAAAUCCGCGCCGACCGCGAACGUCGCGCCCUUCAACGUGGUGUCUCCGAAAGUUCGCUCGAUUCCUACCUCGACGGCACCUCCUCCUCCUCCUCUUCCGACUCGUCCGAUGGCGAAGAGAUGUCCAAAGACGAGCGCAAGGACGAAGCGAAGCACUACCAAUCCAAACGAAGCGGCAAAUCUCGCCACCUCGACGCUCUCAGCCCCUCCAACUGGUCCGACAUGCUUCUCCGCAAAACCAUCGGCAACAACACCUGGAUCUACGUCUUCAACUCGCGCCACGAACUCUACAUCGGUCUCAAGCAGACGGGGUAUUUUCAGCACUCGAGCUUUUUGUAUGGUGGCAGAGUGCUCUCAGCGGGACUGCUCAAGGUGGACAAUGGUACAUUGACGAGCUUGUCGCCACUGUCGGGGCAUUACCGGGCUGGAACGGCGCAUUUCCGGUACUUUGUCAAGAAGCUGCAGGAUUCAGGGGUCGAUUUGGAUCGCGUAGCGCUGUCCAAGAGUCUACUGAUGCUGGCAGGGAUGGAAAAGUACGGAAAGGUCAUGAGCAAGGCUAAGUCGUCAAAGAAGCAGGAUAAGAAGAAGAAGGAGAAGAACCGAACCGAUGCGAACGGAGACGACGAGCAAGGGAAGGAGAAGGAGUCGCUGGCAAAGAGGCUCAAGCAGAAGUUGAGUCUGGGGUCGAAGAAGGGCAAGGACGACGAGGUUGAUGCUGGUGAGGAAGCCGAUACCGAGGACAAGCCGAGCGGCUUCGCGAGGCUGAAGGAGAAGCUCAGGUCUUAG